AUGGGUCUCUUUUCCACACGCAGCUUCGCGCUAUUCUUGGGUAUCACCCUCGCCACCGCUGCACCAGCGCCUGCGGCCAUCGCUGCCCAGGUCCUCUCCGGAGCGCCAGCAGCGGCCAAUGCCCGGGUCGCUGACUUUGGAUACUCUGGCUCGGGUUGUCCCCAGGGAAGCGCCGAGUCUGGGUUCGAUACUGCAAUCAAUGCCGACAGAGGCUACUUCCAUGACUUAACAGCUUUCAUGACACCUAACGCUUCGCAGGCCGACCGUAGCAACAACUGUCAGAUGCAUAUUUCCGUGACAUGCGACCCGGGCUGGGAGUUCACCUUGAAGCCACACAGUACCAAGUUAACAGCGCAUGUCAAUCUGGGGGAUGGGGCGACGGCAGUGUAUUUGACUUCAUAUUAUUUCUCCGAAGCGGCGACUCAGACGGCUACAGUUAGGUAUAGUUUUGACGGACCACUCAACGAUUGCCCAACUAUAGCCGAUCCGGCACCAAAUAUAGAUUACCCACGCUCAGGUGGCGGCGGCGGCCUCUUAGUAGUUAAUCGGAGAGUGGCUCUUACAGGGGAUAGUCGGUCCGCCGUGGGAUCGAUUCAACUUUGGGGAGAUGCGGAUGAUGGCAACGGCAAGAAUGCGAACUUUGUCCCAUGGCGCGCGUUCGAGUGGUCGAGGUGCUAG